GGGAUAAUAACCUGCUAAUGAAAAGAACGAAGCUGACUUCUUACUAGAGUUGCUAACAUUUUUUCAAUGAUCAGUGUUAAAAAAGACAAGAACGACUUAGAGUUGAAAUGGUAGCUUGACUUUGGUAGAAACAGAAGUUCAUGGACAUUGCUGAAAAGGGGAAAAAAAAUUAUGAAACAAGUGUGACCUUGCUAGUUUGCUAGAGUAUAAACGAAGGACCAAUGACUGCAGCAAUAGCAGGGGGAGUUGCUGCAGGUGCAGCACUUCUAUUUGCUGUUCCAGCCAUUGCGCUUGCUUGGUGGCUGAGAAGAAAACCACAUGACCACUUUUUUGAUGUACCUGCUGAAGAAGACCCAGAGGUUCAUUUAGGACAACUCAAAAGGUUUACCUUGUGUGAACUGUUAGUUGCUACAGAUAACUUUAGCAAUAAAAAUGUAUUAGGUAGAGGUGGUUUUGGUAAAGUGUAUAAAGGACGUUUAGCCGAUAGCUCUCUAGUGGCUGUGAAAAGGCUAAAAGAAGAGCGUACCAAGGGUGGGGAGCUGCAAUUUCAAACAGAGGUUGAGAAAAGUAUGGCCGUUCAUAGGAACUUGCUUCGACUUCGUGGCUUUUGCAUGACACGAACUGAAAGAUUGCUUCUUUAUCCCUACAUGGCUAAUGGAAGUGUUGCUUCUUGUUUAAGAGAACGUGCUGAAGGCAAUCCAGCACUUGACUGGGCAAAGAGAAAGCAUAUUGCUCUGGGAUCAGCAAGGGGGCUGGCAUAUUUACAUGAUCACUGCGACCAAAAAAUCAUUCACCGUGAUGUGAAAGCUGCGAAUAUAUUGUUAGAUGAAGAGUUUGAAGCUGUUGUUGGAGAUUUUGGGCUGGCAAAAUUAAUGAAUUAUAACGACUCCCAUGUGACAACUGCGGUACGCGGUACGAUUGGCCAUAUAGCUCCUGAGUACCUUUCGACAGGAAAAUCUUCUGAGAAAACUGAUGUUUUUGGGUACGGGGUCAUGCUUCUCGAGCUCAUAACUGGACAGAAAGCUUUUGAUCUAGCUCGGCUUGCAAAUGAUGAUGAUAUCAUGUUACUCGACUGGGUGAAAGAGGUUUUGAAAGAGAAGAAGCUGGAAAGCCUUGUAGACGCAGAGCUAGAAGGAAAGUACGUGGAAACAGAAGUGGAGCAGCUGAUCCAAAUGGCUCUGCUCUGCACUCAAAGUUCUGCACUGGAACGUCCCAAGAUGUCAGAGGUAGUGAGAAUGCUGGAAGGAGAUGGUUUAGCUCAGAGAUGGGAAGAGUGGCAAAAGGAGGAGAUGCAGACGCACGAUUUCAAUUAUCAAGCCUAUCCUCAAGCUGGCACUGACUGGCUCAUCCCAUAUUCCAAUUCCCUUAUCGAAAACGAUUACCCUUCAGGUCCAAGAUAACCUUUUAGAAAAGGUCAUUAUGCCAUGUGAGUUCUUCAACAAGUGUAUAUUAUAUAAGAUUGAUGAAGUUGUAAGAAGCAAAAACCCACAUUCACAUUCAAAUAUCAGUACGUACUCCAAUACUAGUCAGCUCUACGAUACUUUCUAGACC